AUGUUUGUGAAUAACAAUGUUGUUCUUUUAUUCCUUGUUGUAAUAACAACAAUCGACGCUUCGCGUAUAUUUUAUCUCCCUCUACCGAAAAUACAUGCGUUACAUCAUGAAUUUAAAUCAUCACCAAUUCUACAAGGAUCAGCAAUGACACCAUAUGAAGAGAAAGCAAUCAGUGAUGAAUUUAUACCAUUAUCAGCAAUUGAACGUAAUACAUACGAGGAACAAGAAGAAAAACGAGACACCUUCGAUUGGGAAGCAUUGUUGGAUAGAGAAGCAGCAGCAGCAGUAGCAGCAAGACAUCGUAUUGCCGUUAAUGAACACUCACGUGUAGAUAAAAAUGAAUUGAAUUAUUUGAAAUCAUUGGAUCGAGAAACACGAAAACCAACUAAGUUAAUAAUAAGCGAUGAUGAUAUGGGUGGAGCAGUUAACAAACUUUCUCAAACUAAUGAAAAUCGUGCGGUCGAUGAACCAUGGAUUUUUGAUACUGCUACUAGUCGAAUAGAACGUUUACAAUCGAAAGGAACUUUAGAUGAUAUUGAACGAAAAAAACGACGGAAUGAUGCGUUAUUUCUUGUAAUAGUCGCUACGAGCAGUAUGGUUGGUGUUUUGGGUCUUGUUGCAGCGGCUGUUUUCUGGUUCAUGAUUCACAGGAGAGCCCAAACAGCAAUCGAUGCGGAAUAUCCAUCCUAUGGAGUAACAGGACCUAGUACUACUGGUAAUAAAAUCUCGCCAAGUACAACUAUAUCGGAUCGAAAACUAGCUCAAAGUGCACAAAUGUUUCAUUAUCAACAGCAAAGACAACAGAUAUUGGCCCAAGAAAAAUCUCAUUUCGAUGCAAAACCUGUUCAUUCAGAUGAUUCAGAUGAUGAAGCACCUGGUGGUGGUGGAGAUUAUACUGUCUAUGAAUGUCCUGGUUUAGCUCCAACGGGUGAAAUGGAAGUGCGUAAUCCACUAUUUGCUGAACCAGAUUCAUCAUUAAUUUCACCAACAUCUGCUUCGCAUCCGACAACUAAUAACCAUUAUCCUCAACCGUCAACAACGAUUUCAUCAUCGUCACCACCCAAAGAAAAAUUACUAUCAUAA